AUGGGUGUCAUGUUCGCCGGAAAGCCUUUAACUGUACUUGCACGAUCCAGCCUACACAACAGUAACUUGUCCAGAGAGUUACAGUUGCUGCGCUUCAUUUCGACUUCAGCAAUUUCGGUGAAGGCUGCACCCAGCACCUUACUUCCACCUCUUUCGUCUUUACCAGCUCAUGUCCUCAUCAGAUCUUUACUGGUCGCUACAAUCUCGUCGAAAAAGUACCUGCUCAUCCCCGCUCUUUCGCUCAUGUCCGUCCUCUCCAAACCCAACAGACCUUGGCUAUUUAAUGUGGACCGGAAUCCGAUUCUUCAUGGAAUAUUGAAGAAGACGUUCUAUGAACAAUUUUGUGCUGGAGAAAAUAGCAUUGAGACUAAAGCUACGAUCCGAGAAUUGAAGGAAAUGGGAUUUCGCGGUGUGAUUAUGACAUACGCCAAAGAAACCGUGUUUGAUCAUAAAAGUCAAGAACAGCACGGAAUGGGCAUUUCUGCUUUGGAGAGUGAGCAAAAGGGAGAGGGUCCCGAUUCUCGGGCCCUGCAUUGUGCUAGCAUUGAGGCCUGGCGGGAGGGAACGCUCAAGACUGUCGAUAUGAUGGAGGAAGAUGAUUACUUGGCAGUUAAGUUGACCGGGGCUGGUGUUAAAGUCACUGAGGCAUUCGCCGCCGGUGAAUUGCCCCCAAAACAAAUGCUGGACGCUUUGGACGAAAUAUGCGAGAGAUGUAAAGAGCGGAAGGUUCGAAUGCUUGUCGAUGCCGAAUCCCAGCAUUUUCAACGGGGCAUCUCGCGCGUGACCUUGGAGCUAAUGCGCAAGUACAACUGUGACGGUUAUGCCUCUGUUUACAAUACCUACCAAGCCUACUUGAAGAGCACGCCCUCCGCAUUAGCGAGUCACCUCUCUGCCGCUCAACAAGAAGGUUUUACACUUGGUCUGAAGCUAGUGAGGGGUGCUUAUAUGGCUUCGGACGAACGAUCUUUGAUUCACGAUACGAAAGAAGAUACGGAUAACGCAUAUAAUUCAUUCGCCCAGGGUGCAUUGAAACAAAGCAUUGGAGACUUUGGAGUCAACGGUAGCCGCCCUUUCCCUUCGGUGAAUCUGUUCCUAGCUGGCCAUAACAAGGAGAGUAUGGUGGCAGCUUACGAGACACACCAGAAGCGUGUAGCAUCGGGCUUGCCUACAGUCCCCAUUCGAUUCGCACAGCUUCAUGGUAUGUCUGAUGAAGUUAGCUUUUCACUUCUUCAAAUGAAGGAGGGUGGUGAAAUGCCUGAAGUCUAUAAGUGCUCGACAUGGGGCCGCAUGGGCGAGUGCCUGGCCUAUCUCUUGCGGCGAGCGAUUGAGAAUCGUGAUGCUGUCCUACGGACGGACAAUGAGUAUCGUGCAUUAAAGAACGAGAUGUUCCGCCGACUGACAAGGCCUUUUUCCUUUCCACCAACGUCCUAG